CGGGAGGAGGUGGCCCAGCUGCAGGAGGAGGUUCACCUGCUCCGCCAAAUGAAGGAAAUGCUGACAAAAGACCUGGAGGAGACACAUGGCAGCAAGUCACCAGAGGUGCUCUCGGCCACCGAGCUGAAGGUGCAGCUGGCACAGAAGGAGCAGGAGCUGGCACGGGCCAAGGAGGCUCUGCAGGCCAUGAAAGCCGACAGGAAGCGCUUGAAGGCAGAGAAGACAGACCUGGUGAGCCAGAUGCAGCAGCUGUACGCCACGCUGGAGAGCCGCGAGGAGCAGCUCCGGGACUUCAUCCGCAACUACGAGCAGCACCGCAAGGAGAGCGAGGAUGCAGUGAAAGCCCUGGCCAAGGAGAAGGACCUCCUGGAGCGGGAGAAGUGGGAGCUGCGGCGACAAGCCAAGGAGGCGACGGACCAUGCCAGCUCCCUGCGCUCCCAGCUGGACCUGAAGGACAACCGCAUGAAGGAGCUGGAGGCCGAGCUGGCCAUGGCCAAGCAGUCCCUGGCCACGCUGACCAAGGACGUUCCCAAGCGCCAUUCCUUGGCCAUGCCAGGCGAGACGGUGCUGAACGGCAACCAGGAGUGGGUGAUGCAGGCCGACCUCCCGCUGACGGCUGCCAUCCGGCAGAGCCAGCAGACCCUCUACCACUCACACCCCCAGCACUCAGCAGACCGGCAAGGGGUCAGGGUGAGUCCCUGUCAUUCCCGACAACCUUCCAUCAUCUCCGACGCCUCCGCAGCCGAGGGCGACCGCUCGUCCACGCCGAGCGACAUCAACUCGCCCCGGCACCGAACGCACUCGCUCUGCAACGGGGACAGUCCUGGACCGGUACAGAAGAACUUGCACAACCCAAUUGUACAGUCUCUAGAGGACCUGGAAGACCAAAAAAGGAAAAAGAAGAAAGAGAAGAUGGGCUUUGGCUCCAUCUCCAGGGUGUUUGCCCGGGGGAAGCAGCGCAAGUCCCUGGACCCUGGUCUCUUCGACGGGACGGCCCCCGACUACUACAUCGAGGAGGACGCGGACUGGUGA